GAGAGGCCGGGCCAGUGGGCUUGUCCCGCCUGCACCCUGCUCAACGAGCUGAAGGCCAAGCACUGCGUGGCCUGCCACACCCCGCAGCAGUACGUGGCCCAGCGCAGGGGCCUCAAGCCCCUCAAGAGGAGGGAGAGCAUGCACGUGGAGAAGAGGCGGCAGACGGACGAGGGAGAGGCCAAAGCCCUCUGGGAGAACAUCGUCACCUUCUGCCGGGAGAACAAAGUCAAUUUUGUAGAUGACAGUUUCCCCCCGGGACCCAGGUCGGUGGGGUUCCCAGAGGGGGACAGUGUGCAGCAGAGGGUCAGGCAGUGGCUGCGCCCCCACGAAAUCAACUGCAGCAUCUUCAAGGACCGCUCGGUGAAGUGGUCGGUGUUCCGGACCCCCAGGCCCUCCGACAUCCUGCAGGGGCUGCUGGGGAACUGCUGGUUCCUCAGUGCCCUGGCAGUGCUGGCUGAGCGGCCCGAGCUGGUGGAGAGGGUGAUGAUCACCAGGACCCUGUGCCCCGAGGGCGCCUACCAGGUGAGGCUCUGCAAGGAUGGCACCUGGACCACGGUGCUGGUGGACGACAUGCUGCCCUGCGACGAGUGUGGCUACCUCCUCUUCUCCCAGGUCAGCUAA